AUGCGGCUGCUUAGCAAAGUGACUCCGCCCAUUUGGAGGCAUAAAGGAUGCCAACAAAAGCUGGGAAUUGGACAGACACAGCCAAAGCGAACAGACCCCAAGUCCGAGCCGGAGUUUGAGCACAAGCCCGAGCCCAAAUUCGAGCCCGCAUCGACGGUUAGUUGGCGGAGCAUAAUGGCCCUGAAUACGGAUGAAUUUUGCCGCAACACAAGCAUUCAUGGACUCAAGUACAUCAACAGUCGCAAACUGCACACCGCCGACAGAGUUUUCUUUGGCCUGGCAUUGUUCUCCGUGCUUUGCUUCGCCGGGUUCUUGAUGCAGGAAGCCUUCGACAAAUGGAACACAACGCCCGUGAUUGUGGGCAUAAAUCCGGAGCCAACAUAUAUAACAAACGAACCAUUUCCAGCGAUUACCAUCUGUAAUCUCAACCAGGCAUUGAUUAGCAAAGCUGCCCAAAUUCGAAAUGAUACUUCGAAGUUUAGUAUGCUACAAGUGCUCUGCCGGCGCAAGAUUAACUCACAAUUAAGCCGGAGCAACAACAAUUGGGAGGAGCUCAUCAGCAAUAUAUCCCAGCCUUGUACCGCCUUAGUUAUUGGUUGUAGCUUUGGCGCCGUCGAUAAUCACUGCGAGUCCAUGUUUCAUCCAAUUAUCACCGAUGAGGGUCUGUGCUGUGUUUUCAACAUGUUGCAUCCACGUUUUAUGUACAAGCACAAUGUGCCGCUGAUACUACGCAACAUAACGACAGAGAAGGGUUAUCACGCUGUCAACUGGCAUGCGGAACUGGGCUACAGUCGUAGUCUGAAGAAACCACACAAUCAAUAUUAUCCACGUGCCUCACUGGGCACCGGGGAAUCCUUGGGUCUGUCCCUGACACUAGACGUUGAGGCUGCCACGUAUUAUUGUUCCUCAUCGAGCAGCAUCGGGUUGAAGAUUGCGUUGCACAGUCCCAACGAGUCGCCGAAUGUGCGGGAAACCGGAGUACUGAUCUCACCGGGCCUGGAGACAAAGAUGCGCAUUGAGCCGGCCAAGUUGAUGACGGAGUUGCCACUUAGGAAGGUGCAUCGCAAAUAUCGCCAUUGUCUGUUUCGCGACGAGGGGAAUUUGAGUUACUUUACGCAUUACACACAACGAAACUGUGAAAUGGAAUGCAUGUCGCGACUGUUGUUGCAACACUGUGGCUGCAUCGUAUUCUAUAUGCCACGCAUAAAUGGUAACGACACCGUCUGCAGCAUCCGUGAAUCGCAUUGUGUGGAGAGCGUGCGUCUUCAUACAAUUGACUUGGCUGUCGAAUCCUGCCUGGACAAUUGUCUGCCUAGUUGCUUUGAUCUCACGUUCAAUGCGAUUCCAUAUUCCACGAAAAUCUCCUAUAAUGACUUCAAGACGGCGAAUCCCACAUUGGUAAACUAUAGUCAGUUCAAUGUGGAGCGUAGCAUUGCCAUUGUCAACCUGUAUUACAAGGAUCACACAUUUCGUGCCAGCAAACAGACCGAGUUCAUCGGCAUUUCCGACUUUCUAUCAAAUGUUGGUGGUCUGAUGGGCUUGUUUCUGGGCUUCAGUUUCCUCUCAAUUGCCGAGUGUGUUUACUUUGCCUUCAUCCGUCCGUGCCGCAUUUGUGCCGAGCUUCGUCAACGGCGUCCAGUGUCAACCUUGGAAUUGUCCAAAGCAGCAAAUUUCACAGUCAAAAGAGCUAAAGUCCAUAGAUGGGAGUCCAAUUAA